UGAGUAAGUGAAUGAGCGCGCGCGCAGUGUUCAGCGGGAGCUACGUUGGUAUAAUUUACAAGCGCGUUACGUAUGUAAUAAAUCUUUAUUGUCGGGCAUUUAUUACGUGGUUGGACGUGAAAUGAGUUCGGAAACCUCAUUAGAGACGAACCAGGAAUGAUCAGUGCAUCUCAGUAAAUGUUGCUUGUCCUGCUGCAGUUCUUGCCGUGUGUGUAACGAUGAGCUGGGCUGCAGACGACUGGACCUUAGGGCUUUCUGGUCUCGUUCUAAAGAAGGUUCAGGAGCUUCAAGCACAUAAUGAGAAGCUUACCCGAGAGAGACAACAGAGACAGCUCCAACUGGACAACUCUGAAGCAGCACUGCACAAACAGAAGCAAAAGUAUGAGGAAGUGCGUGCGGAGCUGGGAGCUGUUCAGAGGGAGCUGGUGGGAGUCCGAGAGCAUGCUCAGGGAGAGGCACGAGCAAGGGAUCGCCUGGUCCAGGACCUGCAGGCCAAAGUGGCUCAGGUGUGCACUCUAGAGGGCCAGCUGGACUCAACAAGAACACUCGUGCAGAACCUCACGCAAGAGGUCAAACGGCUUGAGGCAGAGCUGGAAAAGCUGCAAAAAGAAAGCGUCUCAGGAGACUCUGUGUUGUUUUCCACACCCUGCUGGAACAUGAACUCACCCUGGGACCAAAGCGGUAAGAGCAAUCUCAGAGGAGAGGAUGUCGGCAAAGCCAGACAACAGCUCCUGUUCGGAGAUAGCACCAAAACCUCAGCAAGUUGCGUUUCAUCUCCAUUCCCUCAGCAACAACACAGAACACCGCCCUUUCGACGCAAAAACGACCAAUCAGAGACUCGCCCCCUGCCCUCUGUGUUUCCGUGGGAACGGGAUGACACAAGGUCCACUCCCAGGGGGAAAGCUGCAUCCACUCACACCUCCUCCUCCUCCUCCACUUGUAGUGAGGUCAUUACCCCCACAGGGGCACAGAAUGAUGGGAUUGAGGAAGCACUGAGGAAAGAGAUAGAUGGGCUGCGUCUGCGCGUCUCUGGGUUGCAGCAGGAGCUACAGCUGGAAAAAGAGAGCUUCAGGGAGUCUGAGUCUCGUCUUGCUCAAACUCAAAAAGAGCUCACCUUGAACGAGCAAAAUCUGACUCGCUCUAGAGACGAGUUGGCCCGUGCGCACACGCGCAUCACACAGGAGGGGGACAGGGCUCAGGCAGCUGAACAGCGGGUAAAACAGCUACAGGAGGAGCUGAAGUGUCAGAGGCAGAAUGCGGAGACUAGCCGCUGCAACGCCGAACAACGCAGGAAAGACAUGGAGAGAGAGCACCAAAGAGAGCUGUCAGAGCUGCAGAGAGAGAGACAGUCUAUGGAGAAGCAGCACCAACAGGAGAGUAACAGACUCAACCAAGAGAUCCAGCAAGCCAGGACACAACACAACACACUACAGUCACAAUACGAUAAACUGGCUCUACAGAAGCAGGCUGUAGAUAGGGACCUGGAGGUAGUACAGGGCAAGCUGAAGAACACGCAGAGUGAUCUUUCAGAGAGCCAAAAGCGAGAGGCUCACACACAGGCAAAACUCACGGAGUCACUGAAGGAAAGCGAGGGAUUGCGUGUGUCACUGGAACAGUCAAAGAAGAGAGAGAAAAGCCUGGAGGCAGAGGUGAAAAGACUUUCUGAAGAGUUAGCUGAAGCACUGAAGCUCAUUAAAGAGCUGCAGGCCCAACUUGCAGCUCCUCCUCCACAAGUCGUCUCUCGUCCCAUUGACAGUUUUAGUUCAGUUCCAUCCACUUAUUCCAGUAAUGCUCCACCUCACCAGCACACUUCACAGAGGAAAAAAACACUAAAAACUGAGAGACCAAAAAUAUCAGACAAGUCAGGGCCCUUAGGCUGUUCUUCUGAGAGAGAACCAGGAGAGGGGAUUGACUCUGAGCACCUCAGUGAGUUUGGGUCUGAAGACUCCACCCCAGUGAGCAUCAACGCCCAAGAAGGGAAUCGGUUUGGAGUCGAAAGGUCCAGUGAGGCAGAGGUGGAGAACUCCAUCUCUGCUUCACUAGAACAAGACACAGGGAUAGAAGAUGCAGACACAGACUCGUGCAUGUCCGAUUCAAUCAGUGAGCGUGUGUUGAAAGAUGAUAUCCAUUGUGACGCCAACCAAAAGUUGAACUCUUUAAAUCAGGGACAGAAACGGGAUUCAUCUUCUAUUGUGGAGUUAAAGAAGGAGAAUUCAGCUCUUCGCGAUGAGCUUAAGGACAUCAAGCGGGAGUUAGAUCACCGUCUAGAUGACCUUGAGUCUCAAAGGCGAGCAGAAGCUGAGGCCAGGACCAAACUGAAGCAACUAAGCAAAAAGCACUCAAGCCAGACUGAGCAGCAUCGAGUAAAAACCCAGGAGCUUAAAGACAAAGGAAGCAAACUAGAGGCACAGCUUGAACAAGAGAGGAAGGAGGGUGCAAGACUCAGGGAAGUGGUAACUACUUUGCAGAAGGAGGCUGAAAAAAGAAAGGAGGAAAGUGAAAGAGAAGAGGAAGAAUCCAAAGAGAAGAUCAUCAAUCUAAAAGAGGCCAUGGCUCAGAUGGAAAGAAAGCAAGAACACCUAGAAAAAGAAAGGGAGGCAAUGCAGAAGGAACUAGAGGUGCUUCAAACUGAGCUUUCGCAGGAACGUGAGCAGAGAGAGAGGGAAAGAGAGGAGGAAAAGACACUACGAAAAACCUAUGAAGUUGAAGGACUGAAGAUUGUAGAACUUCAAGCAGAGUUGGACCGACUACAGGGUUCUGGUACACUGGAGGACAAAAAUGUAAACACCAACAUGCCUUUGACCUAUCUGCAGUUUGGAAACCAAGCAAACACAGCAAACGAUGUCACAGCUAUAGAAAAUGAAGUUGCUGCUCUUAAUGCUAACAUUUUCUUCUGUGAGUCGGUGAACCUUGAGAACACUAUAUUUUCCAAACCAUUUAUUACGGAAUGUGGAUCUGGUGAACACUCCCCAGUGGAACAGGACACUACUUCAACUGGGACACUGGAGGAUUGCACAAAGACGACAGAAGGCAUCGACUUGGACGACACUACCAUUUUGGUCUUGGAGGUCGAACGUAUGCGAGUACAGAGAGACAGGGAAGCGGAAAGAGCGAAAAAGUCACAGAAAAAGUUGGAGGCGCUUCAGAACCAGGUGACGAGUCAGACCCAGCAGCUUACUUUAGCGUUUGAGAAUCAGAGCAAGCACAUUGAAUGUCUCUUAAAGGAAAUACAACAAAGAGACAGUGCCCUCCAGAGGCAAGGAGAGGAGCUACAGAGCUGUCAAAAAGAGCUUGCCUUACUCAAGGAAAAAAAACAGAUGACUGAGGUGGUCAACAGCUUGACCUCAGACACUGAGAAGUCAACUGAGGUUUCUGCAGAGCCAUCUUGUGAUUUACCUCUUAGCCCUGCUACAUCAGAUACUCAUGAAGUGACUAAGAAUGAUUUUUUGUACACUAUAAAAAACAAACCACUACAGUCUAACCAGCAGUCCUUUAGCAAUGUAGAAGUUGAAGAGGAUCUGCCCUGCAAUCUCUCUUCUUCUUUAGACAAGACAAAUAUAAGUUAUGUGACAUUACCCACCAAGGAGUAUGUGACCAUAACAUCCUCAAAUGAUCACGAAAGAGAUUCUGACUCCUGUACUGACAACACUACUGCAAAUGAACUACCAGAACUAGUGACUAAUGCUCAGCAAGACAGUGGCCAUGCAUCCAUUGAGACUGAUGCAGAAAAUGCACAGAGCUCUGUCGUAUCUAUUUUCACAGACAUUAAAGAACUACCAGAAUAUUUACCAAAGCUUCUGGAACAUUCCUCAGAUAGCACAACCACUCUGAAGAUGGUAAUAACGAAAUUGUGUGAAGCACAGAAUGAGCUAUCAGAGUUAAAAUCCAAACAUGACCACCUGACACUGCAGCUGCAGGAAGUGUCAAGGCAGGAUUUUCUGUCCCUCAAGCAAGAGCAAGAACAGCUAAAAUUAAAACUAGAGUUUCUUGAUAAAGAAUCAUGUUUGUCAGAAGUGUAUUUAAAACACAACGAGUCUAAUCUGUUGACAAACACAGAAGAAGAAAGUGUGUCCGUCACAGAUCUGAAGGAGAAGGUUGUAAUAGGUGAGAGUGUUGAAGACAGCUGGCCAAAAUCUGAGGAUCAGCCUGAAGAGAGUGAACAUGAGACUUGUAGCUCAGCACAGGUUUACUCUCUUCAUGAACAGCUGCAGGCCAUGCAAAGUGAGCUUCAGCUACUUUCUGAAAAAAACAGAAAUCAAGCUGACGAGUUGCAGCUUUGGAGACUGUCUGCCAUGACCCCUGAGGAGACACUGGACCAGGAUGGCAAUAGCAACCCUAUAGUUAUAGUGCGAGAGGAACAGCUGGUUCUCUCAUGCGACCCAACUGUGCUAUACUCUCACACCAAACAGAGCAGUCACAUGAUGCAGGAUGGAGGUGUUUAUUCUGAAAUUGGUACUAAAGACCACCAAAGGGAUUAUCAGACCUCAUCAGAAAAGAGAACUGAAGACAUGCCGUCAGUCUUUAAAGCAAUGGACCUGAUUGCUGAUGAUAAUGGUGCGAUAAAUGAUGUAAAUAAUCACCUAAAAGUGGAGGUCAAAACCAUGAAGAGCAAGAGUGCAACUACAGACUUGUCCUCUGAAAUAGAAAUGUCUGAUCACAGGAAUGAUUUAUCUCAUCAGAUCAAACAAAACGGACCGAGUGAAGAUCGGCAACCUGGAAACCAGCCAUGUGCAAUCUCUUUCCAACCAGAAAGCAGAAAGGAUGGUUUAGCAGAAAAUGGAAUAAAGACCAAAGUAAUGGAUCCAAAGUAUAACAAAGAAUCAGCGGGCAGAAAAAAAUCUUGUAUGUCUAUCCUGAGCUAUGAUGAGAUGGUAAAUGCCACACAGAGUGAUAAAGCCAAUAGAAACAUGACAAAGCAAGAAAAUGAACACACUUUGGCUGCAGACAGUCAGACUUGUAACUCUGUCGUAAAAGAGGAUAAUGUAAAGCAAGCACAAACACUAGAGAUCACUGGGAUUACCAGCAGUACAGACAAAGUGGGUCUUAAAGAAGUGAAGAGUGUGUGCACUCAGACGAACAGAGAGAAAGUAGAGGACUUUGGAAGCCCCCAGCAGAAACCAGUUGUCCUCCAUGUAAGCACCCAGACUAAUGGAGAGCAGACGAUACGGACUGAGGAAAGGAAGGUAGAGAAUGAUGAUUGCACCAAAUCGCCUCCCCUCUCACCUCCUGCUGCAUCAGAGACAGAAAGGCUCCUGUUUUCCGGCUCAUUCCCAAUCCCAGCCAAUCCAGCUCACUUAGCCGAGCGGAUUCGGCGCAAUCGUAGCCGCAUGUCUGCGGCUUAUGAUGACACGGAGUAUGAACCCUACGGCUUGCCUGAGGUCGUCAUGAAAGGUUUUGCUGAUAUUCCCAGUGGUCCAGCUUGUCCAUACGUCUUGCGCAGGGGGCUUCUGGGAACAGAUGCUUUACCUAUCUCUCUCAGAGAGUCCCCACUUCCAGAGGAUGAAGAAGACAUUGACCCAUAAUGGUCGCAUAAGGUGGUUUCUAGGUUUAAAGGGAAGGUUUAAAGCUGCCUGUUUCAUCUUGACUAGAAGUGACCUCGACUCUUCAAAGGGAACUCGCAAAGGAAUUUUUCCCGAUUUCAGCCUUUUCACAGAUUGUUUUCUGGUCACUCUUACUAUCUGAAAAGCAAUUCCUUAGAAGCAGAUAUGUUUACAUUGUCUUGUGCUGCAUGCUAGCUUUUAUUUUGAAACACUUGAACUUUGUGAAUAUUUUUGUUAAUUUUUCUUUAUUGUACUGCCAUAGAUUAUUAAUUGUUGUGAAUCUGGUACGUUAAAGGCUUGAGGAACGCUCCUGUGGGUGCAAGCGUAUGACUCAGACCAACCUGAGCCUGUUUCCGCUCCAUGUAUGGUGAUCUGUGUAGUGUGUGCACACUCACUAUGCUGUGCUUGGUUGAUCUUAGUUUAACUAGAGAUUUGGACAAUUUCUUUCGUAUUAGAAAGGCUUAGAAUUGUAUUUUUAAAAUGAGAUUAAUAUAUUUAAAUGAUUUUUUUUCUUUAGUUUUUGUAAUAUACAUUUUUGUGCUUUUUAUGUCAAGUAAACAAGGAGCAUUUGUAAUGCUGAGUGCUCAUAUUGAUAUUAAAUCAGUUUAGUUUGCUUGGGGUAUUUGAAAGGAGAUGACUUUCUAAUGAAUACUUAAAGUUUGAAGGACUUGUUACUAGCUUUGAGUUGGGGUUUCUAACCCUUCAGUGAUUAGAUUUUUUUUUUGGUCAGUCCUAUUAAAGCUUGAAUGAAGUA